AUGGGUGGUACUGGUUCAUCUUCAAUGAUGAACAGCUUGCUGAUAUACUCCUGGCUCUGCCUGAUGCUGAGUUUAGUGCCCUUCUCGAUCUUCUUCGUUGCUUUGCAGAGCAGACCAAGGAUUGUUGAAGGGACGGUGUUCAUCAAUGGAAGCUCGAGAAUCGGGAGGACAGAUGCAGACUUCAUAUGUGCAACUCUCGACUGGUGGCCUCCUGAGAAAUGUGACUAUGGAACUUGUAGCUGGGGAACAACUUCUCUUCUUAACCUGGAUCUUACCGACCCUCUAUUGCUCAAUGCCAUCAAAGCUUUCUCUCCUCUGAAGAUUAGACUGGGGGGUACCCUACAAAAUAAGGUAAUAUACGAGACUCAACAACAGGCUUGCACUGCUUCAUUCAUCAAGAGCUCCUCAGAAAUGUUUGGCUUCUCCCAGGGCUGCUUGCCCUUGUCAAGAUGGGACGAACUCAACACUUUCUUCAGGGAAGCUGGGGCAGAAGUUAUAUUCGGGUUAAAUGCGCUGAAUGGCAGGACAAUAGCUUCUGACGGUUCUGCAAAAGGAGCUUGGAACUCGAGCAAUGCGGAGGCCCUGAUAAGAUACACCGUGAAUAAAAACUUCACCAUUUUCGGGUGGGAGCUCGGGAAUGAGCUGAGUGGGAGCGGAAUUGGAACGAGUGUGGCUCCAGACCAGUACGCGUCUGAUAUAACCAAUCUGCACGACAUCGUGAGGAAAACUUAUGCAAGUUUGGGGAAGAGGAAGAAGAAGCCACUAGUUUUGGCGCCUGGAGGGUUCUACGACGCGAACUGGCUCACAGAGUUCAUAAACAAAACACCUAAAAACUCCCUUCAGGUUGUCACUCAUCAUAUUUAUAACCUAGGACCAGGUGAUGAUACUCACUUGAUAGACAGGAUUCUGGAUUCAUCGUAUCUUGACGGUGGCUCAUCGCCUUUCAGUGGACUGCAAGGGAUUUUGAAGAGCAGCGGGAGUUCAGCUGUCGCUUGGGUUGGUGAGGCCGGUGGUGCUUACAACAGCGGCCAUAAUCUAGUCACGAAUGCAUUCGUGUUCAGUUUCUGGUACCUGGAUCAGCUUGGAAUGGCGUCAUCCUACAACACGAAAACUUACUGUCGGCAGUCGCUGGUCGGAGGGAAUUAUGGCCUGCUCAACCCUACCACCUUUGUUCCAAACCCAGAUUACUACAGUGCACUGCUGUGGCAUCGUUUGAUGGGAACAAAGGUGCUAUCCACUAGUUUCUCUGGAACCAAGAAAAUACGUGCUUAUGCUCACUGUUCAAAGAAAUCUCAAGGAAUCACAAUACUUUUGAUCAACCUCGACGGUAACACGAUAGCUAAUGUGCAUGUUUCAACUGAAAAUGCCAUCACUAUUCAGACAGCUCGGCAACACCACCAGAAUCGAAGAUCAGAAUUCGCUAGGAUGGCAAAAGGUUCCAAAGUUAAUGCACAUGUAAGGGAAGAAUAUCACUUGACCGCUGGUGGUGGUGAUUUACACAGUCAGACAGUACUUUUGAAUGGGAAAGUACUUGCUGUGAAUAAUACAUCUGGAUCUAUACCUUCUAUCGAACCGGUUGAGGCUAGACUUUCAGACCCAAUAACCAUUGCUCCAUUCUCUAUUGUGUUUGCUCACAUUGCCAAUGUAACCGUUCCAGCCUGUAUGUCUAACAGUUGA